GGGGUGCACAAAGCGCAGGCGCAGCGGGUUGGGCGGCAGCAGCAUCAAAUAGCGGCUGUUUUGGCAGCAGCAUCCUGCAACAGGUGUAUACAGGUCCCGUCUGACUCCAUUCUGGAAAGUCCUUUUGAAGAAAUGGCCUUGGUGAGGGGCGGCUGGCUGUGGAGACAAAGCUCUAUCCUUCGCCGCUGGAAACGGAACUGGUUCGCUCUGUGGCUGGAUGGGACCCUGGGCUACUACCACGAUGAGACUGCGCAGGAUGAGGAGGACCGUGUACUUAUCCGCUUCAAUGUUCGCAACAUAAAGAUUGGCCAAGAGUGCCACGAUGUGCAGCCCCCAGAGGGCCGGAGCCGAGAUGGCCUGCUGACUGUGAAUCUACGGGAGGGCUUCCGCCUGCACCUGUGUGCAGAGACUCAGGAUGACGCCAUAGCAUGGAAGACAGCGCUGCUGGAGGCGAAUUCCACCCCGGGCAACUCAGUCCCACCAAAGAGAGGCGGAAGGAAAGAGGCCCCAGCUGGAGCCACCGUCCCUCCCAGAAGCCGCCGGGUUUGCCCCAAGGUCAGGUGUGUGACCCGCUCGUGGAGCCCCUGUAAGGUUGAGAGGCGAAUCUGGGUGCGGGUCUACAGCCCUUACCAAGACUACUAUGAGGUGGUGUCCCCCAACGCGCACGAGGCCACGUAUGUUCGCAGCUACUACGGACCGCCCUACGCAGGCCCCGGCGUAACGCACGUGGUAGUGCGGGAGGAUCCCUGCUACAGCUCGGGAGCCCCCCUGGCCAUGGGCAUGCUCGCGGGGGCCGCCACCGGCGCAGCGCUGGGCUCACUCAUGUGGUCGCCCUGUUGGUUCUGAGCCCUGAAAAUCAGCGCAUAGUUUAUUCCUUGACCCACCCUCCACCCCAAGCUCUGCCUAACUUUUGCCUCUUCCUCUCCAUUUUGCCAUUCCAAGCUGGAUCACCACUCCUCCCUCUACUCCCCACCUUCACUCCUUGCAUCGGAAGAAGCUAUCAUCCCAGGCACAAACAUUAACUCAAAAUCCUUGUAUCUACCGCCAGACACCCCAGAAAUCCAGUAUAGACACAUAUGGAUAAGUCUUCCCCAAACACAAGACACAGAAAACCCAACUCUUGUGGUUUCACAUUUCCCAGGUGUUGGAGAUACAGGGGUCAGGUUCUUCCUCAGGUGGCUCCAGGCUUGGUGGGGCAAGCAGGAGUAAACACUUGACAAAGCAGUUAUCAGUUCUUUUACAGCAUGAGGACAGAGUGAGGAAGGUAGGCCAGAAGUAAAGUUGUUGGCAAGAAUGCAGAGCCAUGACCAUCAUGGCAUAUGAAAAAUUAAAGGGAGCGUUUAAUUGGG